GUCAGUAGACAGUCGGUCGGUCCGGUCAGCUGGUCCCAUCUGAACGGUGGUUGGAGAGCCUACCUGAUGGUAAGCCGAGCGUGAUCCAGCUGAUAGAACCCGGUGAUCGAACCACCCCGCAUCCAUCAAGGAUCGGAGAGAGACAAAAUCGGCGGCCCGCGCGCCGCAUGUGCGCGAGUGUACGUACAUAUUCUCCACCGGAAACACCGACGGUGCGAGAGCAGACCGAGCAAACGAUAGAACGACGAGGAGUCGGAAGAUAGGGACGACAGUCCGCAGGGACGGGACACGGGACACGGCGCACACCUGGUCAGGCAGGAAAUGACUAUAUCGUACGCGAGCGAAGUGCCAAACGGCUCCAGCUUCGGCUGCUUCUGGAGGAUUCUGGUCAAAUGGCGGGGCUCCGUGUACAAACUAAUCUGGCGGGAACUGCUGGCGUACCUGUUCGUCUACUACCUCAUCAAUUUUACAUAUCGAUAUGCGCUCAACGAGCAGCAGCGGGUGAUAUUCGAAAAGAUUCGAUACUACUUCGGAAACUCAAGCGAGUCGAUACCGAUGUCGUUCGUCCUGGGAUUUUAUGUGAGCCUGGUCGUGAAGCGCUGGUGGGAACAAUACAAAUUAUUACCCUGGCCGGACAACUUGGCUCUGUUCAUCAGCGCUGCAAUUCCUGGAAACGACGAGAGAGGGAGGCUGAUGAGGAGAAACAUCGUGAGGUACGCGGUGCUGGCGUACGUCAUCACGUUGCAGAGGAUUUCGUUGCGCGUUAAAAGGCGAUUUCCGACGCUUCAGCACAUCGUAGACGUUGGUCUGAUGAUGGAAUCCGAGAAGAAAAUUUUCGAGAUGAUGAACAAGAAAGCGGCGAUGUCCAAGUAUUGGAUGCCGCUCGUCUGGGCGACGAACAUUAUCAACAGGGCCAGGAGGGAGGCCCUGAUCACGAGCGAUCAAGUAGUGCAGACCCUCCUUGUCGAGCUCAGCGACAUCCGGAAGAGGCUUGGCGCGCUGAUCGGUUACGACACCGUUUGCGUUCCUCUCGUUUACACUCAGGUAGUCACGCUAUCACUGUACGCGUAUUUCUUUUCCGCGUUGCUCGGCCGACAAUUUAUCGAGCGCACCGACGUCGGAGGCGGAAAAUAUGAGGAACCGGACAUGUAUUUUCCAUUUUUCACGGCGCUACAGUUCUGCUUCUACGUGGGCUGGCUGAAAGUCGCCGAGGUGCUGAUCAAUCCGUUCGGCGAAGACGACGACGACAUUGAGCUGAAUUGGCUCAUCGAUCGGCACAUUAAGGCGGGGUACAUGAUCGUCGACGAAAUGCACGAGGAGCAUCCAGAGUUGCUGAAAGAUCAAUACUGGGACGAAGUCGUGCCGAAGGAUCUACCGUACACGGUGGCCAGUGAACAAUAUCGACGCGAAGAGCCGAAAGGAUCCGCGGAACACUAUAAGGUCAAAGACAGUGACGCUCUUUAUGCAAACGUUAUGCUGGGUACACAGAUCCACAAUCACGUUCAGCAUCGCAAGACUCAUCAGGAUGACAUGUAUGCCGAUUACGAGAGCGUUGACACUCCGUUAGUGGAGCGAAGGAAAAAUUGGCUGCAAAGGCAAAUAACAAGAAUGGGCUCGGUACGAAGUUCCUCCACUACGUACAGCAGUGGAGGCGGUUUCUUCUCCAGGAACCGUCACAACAGCGUCUACAGUAGUCCCGAAACCGGAGGAUUGCCGCAGACGAACAACCCUAAUCUAAAAAUGUCGCUUUACGAUCGGCUAGUCGGUCGGAAAAGCAUUCGGAGCCAACGAAUGGGUCGGCAAGGUACGAUGACGAAGAUGAACCCGGUGCCCAUCUCCCUGAAGAACCGACCGCGCAUACCGACACCGGACGUGACGAAAGAGGUGGUGGACCGCGAGCAGAGAUUAGCCCUGUCGGCGACGAACGCGGCAAACAUCGGCGCCGGCGUCGUCGGUGUGAUACCGGCGAACGGCCAUUACCCGGCGGACCUGCCGGUAGUCCAGGUGGUGCUCUCGCCGAUCCAGGAAACAGAAGGCACGCCUGCGACCGGGAAAACUGGAGCAGCGGCUUUGGCGCAGGCCGUUUUGUCACCUACGCUGACCAGCGCUGGGCUGGUAACCCCUAUGACGUUGACGCCAGUCACGGUGAGCCAGUUGACGCAGUUGGGUCUGGUGACGACCACCUCGGCGCCGAUGAUCAGAACCAACACCCAGCCUAACGGGAUACAGGCUACGCUGACCGAGGUGAACAGCAGCGAAGAGGAAGGCUCCGGCAGCGGUAGCAGCAGGAGCGGUAGCAUCACUGGACACGAAGAUAGGUCCACACCUCUAAUAAGCCAAGAAAGGAGCACACCGCUGAUCGGCGAAACGGCCAGCCCUAUGGGCAGCAACGGCAGCUCGCCUACGUUCGACAGCUACAACGAUCGAUCCCCUAUUCUCAUGAAUCCCGAGAAACUGAGUUACGUGGUAACCACGGUGCCAACUGGGCAUACUGUUAAGGCGGGGUCGGAUCCACGUGGCAGGCGAUCGGCUUCGCUGCCUGGCCCACCUGUCGUGCAGUCUAGGGAGGAUAGGAGUAUGUCACUGCCGCACUCGCCGGGUCUUCAGCCUAGGGAGGGUCGCGCAGCUUCUGUGUCGAACGGGCACGACCCGCCUAACAUCGAUAGGCUCAUGGUGCUCUGCAAACAGGACACUCGUCCAAGGACCAACAGCAUUGGCCACGACCUCUGUAGACCCAAUCAUCGAAUCCAGGAUACUUCUAGGAAGAUCAGCAGCGUCUCUUGCACCAAUGCGUCCCUCUCUGGCGGGCUCGGGACUAGUCCCACUACAGCCACCUCCGCGAUGACUGCCGCGACGCCUGUCGCGAACAGUAAGAGAGGGGAGGUCUAUGUCUGACAUGGGAAAUUUAGAGACAAUGUAGAUUCUUUUCUGUCGCGUUCGACCCGACCGUCGAGUGCGAGCUACGCGCUUGCCUGAGAUCUGAGACUCCGUCCAUUAUUGUGAUGACUCGGUGCGCUCGCGCGCGGGGGGCGUUUCCCGUGUCGUGCCCACGUGAAAGGGUAAUGGGUGUUUUGCUUUCGAUUGCGUAGAGGAUUCGACGUUGAGGCUCGACAUUCGAGUUGUAAAGUACGGUAACUUAUGCGCACGAAAGACUCCCGCGAGUUGCAAAGCGGACUGACGGUGACCGAGGAUAUGGUAAAGAUGUUUAGAUAGAAAUGUCACGAGCGUUGAAGGAGAUAGAACAUGAAAGUGUCGUUUAAUGGGAGAACUGGAUGAUAUUAUGCGUUAAUCGCUCCGUAGCGUGUGUUUACGUGGCAAUGGGAGGUUCUAACAUUCCACGAAGGGAAUCUCGAGCAACAACUACUUUAUCGUAUGUGCAAUAAUGCGAGACGAUCCAUAUGACGACACGUUUUUGAAGAAGACACUGUAUCAUCGACGGAAUGGGAAGCGCUAAGAUACCGCCGGUUAGUUAAAAUAGACUUAUCUCCGAUGAUCCGCGCGGGAGUGAACGUUGAAUAGUUUUACAAGCAAUCGGAAAAUAGAGAAGUCAAGUCGUUUUGUUUUUUUUUCCUGUAAAUAGACGACGUUCCGUCGUAGACAGAGCGUGACUCGUCGUUCUCGCAGUUUUUGCAGUCCGGUGGAAGAUUAUGUUAGCCUGCGUGAACCGUAUUUAUUCGAUGCGAUUGUUUCGUGCGAGGGGAAUGACGAGUGCAUAGGUGCAUGUGCAUGAGUUCGCAACGUUUGCCAUAUUUGCCAUACUCGGAGGCGCUUCGCGUGAAACGGGGGAGGACGGUGUCGUCGAUUCGGCGUGCGGUCCUUGCAAUGUUGUCCAACAAAUGUUAGCGGAUGUUAAGUAGUACUCUUCUCGAUACGACGCGAGCGUGUGCUAGCAACGAUGUCCGAACGAAAUCCACUUAGAGAAAAUUAUUUAGAGAAAUUCGAGGACCACCAGUACACAUAGUGUCACGAAACUAGAGGAUUUAGCUUUGUCGGUGUAUUCUAUGAAUACAUCGAGCAAAAUGUGUGAACGGUAGUCUGAAGACGAUUUGUGAAACAGCUGUAGUUAAGAUAUUGAACACAAGGGCAGUGACAGAUUUAUUAAACUAGGUUCUCGUGAAAUCAACGUUACUGUUAAUGUCUUCCUGGUGAAUAUUUUUGUUACAACUGAUUCAGAAACAUAACUUGGAUCACUUGGAUCGCAUGAGCUGUGCAUCGUGCGUGCACGACUUUUUCUACUGAUAAAGUAUGAUAGCGAAGCUAUCUUCUUUCACUUUCGAACACGAUAUAGAUACUAUCUGGAACUCCUUGUUACGUUCCCUGAUUUUUACCGUAAGGAGCACUUGCUUUUUUACUUCACGAUAUAUUUAUACGCGCGUUCCGCGAAUGCGCGACAGCUCAAGAACUUUUCUACUAACUCGAUUUCGCCAGACUAUUAUAAAUAACGGUGAUGUACAUGAAAGAUCAAUACGUAGAGCGAACGAACGUGUGUGUACAUAGUAGAACGAUUAAGUUAAGAUUAUUUGGUGUAUGAGAUUACGAUGAUGCUCAAUGCCAACGCGCGACCAGUGAUGCGAGAUGGUUUUUCACUGCGUCGCAGACACUGGUACUUCAUUGUGGAUGCAAUCGUUGUUUGUCAAUGAUCGAUUGACGUCACGUUAGUUCGAAAUACGUAGGCAGUAAGUAUAUCGCUACGAAAAGUGCAAAAUAUGUAAAUACGGUACGUUUUAUUUGACUUUCUAUUUUAUAUCGUAUCACGAUGUUGUAACUGCAGCGAACAGAUCGAAUUAUCUUUGUAAGAAAGCGUUAAUUUAACACGGGAGAAAGUUGUUGGAGCUGUUAUUGAAUGAAAAUAACCGCUACAGAUUUUAGCGUUGUUCAUAACGACGAACCACGGGAGAUUUCGUGAAAUCACGUGCGACCGAUCGAUCGGGAUCUCCCUCGAUGAGACGGUACCGUUAGGCACGCGUCUCGAGAGUGUAAUAUUUUGUUGACAGUUCCGUUGAACCAGAUUGCAAUUUAUACGACGAAUAAAUAAUUAUUUAUAGUCUUUUCACGGUUCUGAAGGACACUUAUUCACAUGGCCGUGCGCUGGGCACGUUUCGUGGACUUCGAACAAAUGUGGGAGAGCAUUCUGUAGAUAUUUAACUCGCAGUAUUUGUAUAUAGAUUAAUAUCCCGCUCUCGGUAAUAGUAUUUACAACAUGAAACUCUGUUUAUAAUGUAUCGGUAAGCAAUUGUUUCGGUGCACAUACUGCGCGUCCGUGUGACGCGAAAAAAAAUCACUCCCAAGAAUAGUACUAUGUUAUUCUUAAUAUCUGUAAUCUACCUUGAAAUAAACGUUCUAAAAUCGACGGGAAUGCC